AUGAUAAUCUCUCAGAAAAAAAAUCGUUGUAGAUCUCAUAAAGGUCCUGUGUUUACACAAGGCCAGCUCUGUGUCGCCAUCUCAAGAGCAGCAUCCGCCAAUGGUAUCACAGUUCUGCCUCCAGAAAAUGCAACUCGGAGGGAGGAUGGAGUGAACCAGAAGCCUUAUAAUAGCUUGAUCAUGGAAGUAACACCCAAAAAUUGGAUAGCCUACGGCGAGAAUAUUCAAGGCAACUUUGAUCAAAAUACAGAUGUCGUGGAACAAGAAGAUGAUGGCGAAGAGUUGAAAUCAAGCAGCAGCGCAACAAUGACUCCUUUCAUUGACAACAAUGCCUCAUCUCCCAUCCUUGACCGUACUAUGGGCGAUGCAAUGCCAAUUACACCUUGGACCAAUGGAACUAGCAACAUCACUGACUUGUUUCAACAAUACCGUCGACAUAUUGAUACCAUUGAUCCCCCCUUCCUUUUGAAACAUCGUUGA